AUGAAGUCUGCUCGGCUUCUGUUUACGGCUUGGUUGGCCGGCCUGGUGGAAGUGGCCUGGGCCGACACGGAGCCUUUUCUCAGCUAUGACAUUCGUACCAUAAAAGGCUGCAGCUACUGGUAUGACAACUAUGGCAAGAGAACUUGUGAAUCCAUCCGAAAGGCUUGGGAGGUCUCUCCAGAAGACUUUGCCCGCUGGAACCCGUCCCUCACUGUCGACUGCAAGGGCUGGAGCAAGCAUGCCUACUGCGUUGCUGUCGCGUCGGAAAAUACGUCCUCCUCAACCACAAGCACCACUACUACAACCACGACAACUUCCACGUCCGUAUCGCCUGUGUGGACUGAUAUUGGCUGUUACAAAGACGCUUCGAUACAUCCGUUCCAGACGCAGCUGGCCGUACCGAAUGACCUCACCCGCCUUGAAUGCGAGGGUCAUUGCUGGGACGCCGGCUAUAAAUACGUCGGAUUCAAGGCUGGCACUGAGUGCUGGUGCGGCGAGUACGUCCAGGGCGACUUUAGCCCUUCGCCUACGGAUUGCGCAAUGCCUUGUGCGGGCAACGCUUCUGAGAUUUGCGGUGGCGAAGGCGUAUUCAAUGUCGUCGCAGGCAACAAGCCUGCCUGGACUCCUAAAAAGACCCCCGCUUCUACUACUGCUGCAACCUCCGCCUCUGUUAUCACAGUACCUACCUCUUCUACCUCUGUAAGCCCCCCUGGUGCCUCAGAGACUGCGUUUCUGCUCAUGUCCCACAAGAAUGGGGACUGCACGGGCGACGUCACCAAUGAGGUUUUGAUUCGGUCAGAUUCUGACGGCAUGUGCAUAGACACAAACUGCGAGGUCAGCUCUCUGGAUAUUGCCAGCCUUGGUGGUUGUCCGGAUGGCGAGAUCCAGAUAGGCUACUGGCAGAAUGCCGGCUGCUCAGGCGAAUGGUACGGCUACGGUUACGGCAGCAGAAACACUUGCCGACAGCUUUGGUCGGGCGGCGACAGUUUCAAGUCUCUCUGGCUCCGUUGCGCCAAACCAGAGAACGAUUGCGUGAACAAGAAGACAUGCACCGUGUCGCCGGAACCAUCGCACGGCAUCUGCCGGGGUGGGCAGCCAGAGAGCGACGUCUCUUUUAGCCUCAAAAGUCACUACCACGCAGACUGUACUGGUAAUCAGCACAACGAUGUCACUAUCAAGCAGGACACCAAUGGCAUGUGCGUGAACCUAGACUGCCAGGUUGCAAGUCUGGAUAUUGGGAGCGCUGGCAACUGCCCUGAUGGCGAGUUCUCCUUUACAACGGCCAACAAGAUUGCUGAAGAAAUGCCAAUGCCAAAGAGGUCGAGUGGUAGGAUAGUCGUCCUAAAUGGCUUCCCGGGUACGGGCAAGCUCACCAUUCUCAAGCAAGCCAAAACGCUUCUGCCCGCCGACAUGACAUGCCUCCUGGACAACCACCUGCUCAUCGACCCGGUAGUGGCCAUCGUCCCCGGCCGAAGCGACGAGCACCACCAGCUACGGCGUAGGGUCCGGGCGCCCAUCUUUGGAAAGCUGGGAGAGCGUGGCAAGGGAAGGCUACACCAUCCUCAUGACGGCAUGCCUAGUUGA